AUGCCCAAUCUGUACAUCUGCAGUUAUCUCACAAAUACCAUGACCAUGGGAAGGAUCAUCUUCUACGAAGACCGCAACUUCCAGGGUCGCUCCUAUGAGACCAGCAGCGACUGCCCCGAGCUCACCACCUACCUGAGCAGGUGUAACUCCUGCCGAGUGGAGAGCGGUCUCUUCAUGGUCUACGAGAAGCCCAACUUCAAGGGUCACCAGGUGCUAGUCAGGAGGGGCGAGUAUCCUGACAGUCAGCGUCUGAUGGGAAUCAAUAUGAGCGACUGCAUCAGAUCCUCUCGCAUGAUCCCUUUGCACAGAGGACCAUUCCGAGUGAGGCUCUACGAGAAAGAGAACUUUGGAGGACAAAUGCACGAGCUGACCGAUGACUGCGAGAACGUGGACCGUCUGCGCAUGUCCGACUGUCAGUCCUGCAACGUUAUGGAGGGCCACUGGCUGAUGUUUGAGCAGCCCAACUUCCGAGGAAGGAUGCUGUACCUGAAGCCAGGCGAGCACCGCAACCUCCGUGAGAUUGGAGCCAGCAACAUCAUUCGACUGAGCUCCAUCCGGCGCAUCAUGGACUCCUGCUAG